AUGGAUAAGCUUUCCGGUCUCGCUUCCAAGCUCGGUGGUGGCAGCAGCUCCUCCAACACAAACGCAAACCCGUCUGCUGGUCAAGAGGACUACCUUGACAAGGGUCUUGAUGGUGUCGAGACGAAGUUCGGCGGUGGCAAGGUCGACCCUGCUAAGAUGCGCUCUACCAAUGAGAAGAUCACCGAUUUUGCCCGUGAGAAGUUUGAGAGUGCUACUGGCAAGAACGUCCCCGAGAAGUUCUCCAACUAA